CUCGUCUCGCACGCCACCGCGCACCGGUACUCCGAACGCGCACGCGCACGCGACGCCCCCGCCCCGCGAUCACACGUGCUCCGCCUGUGCCCCAUGACCGCAACAUGCAAGAACAAAGCACUUCCCGAGCCAGCAAGACCACUCUCAACUCUCUGGAAAGCGCUAUCAUCAAGCUGAAGAACAAUCUGCAAAUACAGGACACCAAAUCCACAGACAUGACCGGUCUGUUGAGCAUCGAAACAUCUGCGGAGGACGCAAAAAGUACAAGUAAGAGCACUAGUUCAUCUACAACAAACUUAAACCUAUCUAUUGCAUCAGCGGCGUUGUUACAAGAGAAUAUGCUUCAGAGAUCUUUGCAAGGCGUAGUGAUAUCCCUUCAAAAUGCAAUGAUGAAUUCUUUACAACAGGCUGCUCUUUUACCAUCGAAUUCAGCGGCUGCUGCUGCCUUAAAUUUACAAGCCCUAGAAUCUUAUUUAACUUUGCAACGCCUAACCUCAGUGUCCUCUGUCAACAAUGCAACAUGUAGCCCUAAUGAAAGUAAUACGUCCACCAAACAAGAUAUACUGAGGUUAGCGACGGCAAGCGCUAAGAUUACUGAAACGGACGUUUCUGAGAGCACAUCAAGAGUGGUAUCCCCAAAAACACCUGAAGAGUAUCCUUUAUCUGAUGCCAUUGCAGCGGAGGAUGUCGAUUUAUCCGAGGAAGUGGAAGAAGACUUAGCUUUGCUAGAUAAUGAGGACGAAUUCACUUUGGAGCAGCAUUUAGAGUCAACGUCAAAAGGUUACGGGUAUAGUUCAUCACAAAGCUUAGAUAAUGGAUACCCAAGUCUGCUAAUGAAUGCCAUGUAUCAACAACAGAUGAACGGAAGCCCCUCACAGCCACCUCUCUCACCACAACCAUCCAACUCUUCCAGCUCAAAGAGCACAAAUAGUUCAACCUCGUCAACGGGGAGUUGUAUAUCGAAUAAGCAGAAAACAACGGGCAGCGGACCGAGGACGAAAAAGCAGUUUAUUUGCAAGUUCUGUAAUCGGCAAUUCACGAAAUCCUACAAUCUACUCAUACAUGAAAGGACACACACCGACGAACGGCCGUAUUCAUGUGACAUUUGUGGAAAAGCGUUCCGACGGCAAGAUCACCUCAGAGAUCACAGAUAUAUCCAUUCAAAAGAGAAGCCCUUCAAGUGCCUAGAAUGCGGAAAAGGGUUCUGCCAAUCGCGAACGCUAGCUGUACACAAAAUCCUGCACAUGGAAGAGUCUCCACAUAAAUGUCCUGUUUGCAGUAGGAGUUUUAACCAGAGGUCCAACUUAAAGACCCAUCUUUUAACCCAUACGGAUAUCAAGCCAUACAAUUGUACCUCAUGCGGCAAAGUUUUUAGACGCAACUGUGACUUGAGACGCCACAGCCUAACACACAACCUCGUUAGUAUAUCUUCGGUAAACACAUCGCCUAGCGGAGCCGGUGGUAAGAGCCCCUUACUCAAUCCCAACUUUCCUAUUGACAAUUUAGACACUGAAGAUGAAAAUUAGUUGUAAAUAAAGUGUUAGAUUCUGUGAAUAUGAUAAAAAGACUGAUUUUAAAUCCAAGUGCCUUUUAGUUUUAAGCGCUAGAAUGGGUUCUUGUAAAGAAUGUACCUACAAUUCAUAUUCAUAUCUACCUGUUGCAAAUAUCAAAUAUCUAAAGAUAUUUCAGGUAGGUAUAUUAUGCAUCUUUUAUUUUAUAUUUUCCUAUCUAGUGUAAAGGAGCAGAUAUAUUGUAAAGUCAUUCAAAGGCAGGGUUCCUACAAAGCGAGGCUGCUUCACGAAGCUUUGUUUUUAAUCUCCAACGCAAAAAUAGGGUUGUUGCAAGUCCAACGUGUGUAUCUGUGUUAUGUAUUUACAUAUGUGUCUGUCUGUGGCAUCGUAGCUCCCAAGCUGAUGGUAUGGUUUGAAGGCGGUUUCUUUCAUUGGAAAGCUUGUUUGAAACAUAGCUAAGCACUAGCUCGAUUGAGCUGGUGCUUAACUACGUGUAUGUUUGAUGUAAAUCCGUUCAACUGUUUUGAGAUUAUCAGCUGUUUUGUCAGCCAGUCUAUGGAUCUCAGUCAUCAGGUUGAAAUUUAUAUUACUUGCACUUUUCUUAUGAACUCGAUCCCGCUACAAUGCAAUAAUUAAUGUACCUAUAUGGUAACCUUGACCAAUCGGAGGUGUUAAAGUUUUAAUUUACACUUGUGUCCGAUAACGUGGUUGGUAUAAAAAUGCCUCGGCGUUGCCUCGACCGACGCGAUGGAUGCAUUUUUUUUGCCUCGGUCGAGGCGCGUCUGUAUCGGCUGCAUUGCCACGUUAAACAAUGCCUCGCGAAACUGCCGCGCUUUGUAUGGACCCAGCCCAGCUAUCAUUAUUAUUAAGUAUAGCUAUUUUUUUUUUGAAUAUUUUGUUUUCAUUGCUUCAUUUUCCUGGUGCAUUCUUUUACACGAAUUGUAGUACUUAGUUUAGUGUAUUUCGCAAUAAUUUCGAUUCCCUCAUACUUUAGUAUUAUUUUGGCAGCAUUUUGUAUAUUUGUGAUCUCAUUUUAUUGUAUUUGUAUUGUAAAUAAUAAAUUAUAUUUGAUUUAGUCAGUUAAUGAGUUAAAAUGAUUCCGUCCUUUUGUGGUACCUAAGUUUUAAGUUAAAAGUUAACUGAUGUAAUCAAAAGAUUUAGAUAUGUACUCGUAAGUGAAGAACAUUAAGUAUGAACAGGAUCUAAGGCCAUUUUCACACUGUUUAGUGGUUUAUUUGCAUCGAAAAAGUUAUUAUUAUUGUAAAACAUUAUCGCCGAAAUGAAGAUUAUUGUGUAGGUAUUAGUAUCUUGAUUUGAAGGUAUUUUUUUUCUCGUGGUCAAAAAUUGUUUUUGUGAAUAUAAU